GCUGGCACUACGUACACCGUACAUCGUGUUGGUGUACGUAGUGCUGGCCUUUAAAAGAAUAACAAAACAGAGUUCACCUAUCCUUUAAAAUGGCAGCCUCCGUGAGCAAGUCUGGAAAUAUUAAAGCGUGUGAGGAAGUAAGACAUUUAUUGUUUGAUAAGAAAAUUAGCUAACAUUUCGUAGUCUUUGUAUUUUGUAUUAGUACUAUUAGGCUUAUCAGGCCUGUUAUUCAUUUAUACCAAUUAUUUAUUUAAUUAAGGCUGCAGCUAUUCGGACCCAGUAUCAGAAGUCGAAGUGAGAGGUUGCGUGGUAACCAGGUUGCGUUUAUAAAAAAAAAAUAUUAAAAAUAUUAUUGUUGGGUUUGUAAGAUAAAAGGUAAAAGUGCAGUUCAGGUGCGUAUAUUAUUACUAAACGCAUUUUGUAUUUUCUCAUGUAAACUUACAUGUAUUCUUUAUUAGUUAAAUACUGCCAGUUAUAGUUAACUAAUAAUAAUAAUACUAAUAACUAAUAAUACUGAAGGCUAAAACUAGUUGAGGAUGCUAAAACUAGUUGAGAAUGCCACAACGUCUUUUCAGCGCUUUUAUCUUUUUAUUUGAUUUCUAAAGUUAUGGCGUCCUUAAACAUCCCCCAACCAAAGUUACAUAGCCCCAUUUUAUUUGUUUUGUAUUUUUAUUUAACCCUCGGCCAGAUUUUUAAUCACCUGUAAGUUAGAAUGUUAAAUGAACAUUUCCAAACUGUAGGCAUGUUCACAAAAAAGAAUGAAAUACUGGAUUUUUGCAUUACGCACGAGCGCCCCCCCCCACCCCCCCCCCCUUCUUUUUUCCUCUCAAAGCGCUCAGAAUUUAUGGGGGGGGGGGGGUGGGGUUAAAUAAAAGUGGAUUACCGGCUAAGGCAGCAGACACACACAUCAUCAUUGUUAUGGAGUGAAGCUAAGGGGGGGGGGGGUGGUCCACGAAUUUGUGCCGAUGUGUGAUCAUGUGUCCACUUAAAAAAAAAAAUUGUGACGUUGCAGAAAUAGGAUAAAUCGGAAUGAUAGCGUGGGGUCAUUUAUUGAUAGUCAUCUUAUAAUGAUGGCUGCAAAUACGUUGUCCAUGAUUGGUCAGCUCUAAUUUGAGCACCCCUCCCCUUUUUUCAUAUGCAAAUAAGCUUACAUUGACGGAUUUGGGCUAAGUAAAAUGAGAGUGAGGGUGUUAUAGAGAGCUUGUUUACAUAAUAUUUCUCGUGCGUGCCCUGUGAUUGACCCCGCAUGAGACGCUGUGUUCACUAAGGGGUGUGGCUUAGGCCUUUGAAGUAUUCUUGUUUACACCGCCAACCACUCAAAAUAAUUAAUCUGUUCCAAAUAGUAUUUUGUAGAAUAAAUGGGAUUUUUCUAGAAAUGCCGUGUAGCUUAUCGAAGGCAGGGCUUAGGCGUCGGUAGACCCACCUAUAUAAGGGAUUGACAGGCACGGACAAGAGGACGGAGAUUCAGAUAGAUUUUCUUAACAUUACGAGGCGUGUUUUAUUCUUUGUGUAUUUGUGAGCUUAUAUGUGUUUAUUUCGCAUUAUUUAUUGGCACAUUAUUCUAACUGUGUUAACUGUGUACCGGUACAAGAUCUACCAUACUGUAAGUUGAAGAUUGUAAUUAUAUUUUUCUUUUCUUUUGUAAUUAUCUUAAGACAUAAUAAAUCUUAAUUAAAUUGUAACUAGAAACUGUUUUGGGUCGUAUCUUUAAUAUUGUUGAUUCUAUGGUAUCGUCCUUUGUUAGGCACUGCUUACAACGAGCCAAUUAAAAUUAAAAUAGGAGAUUAAUUUCUCCCAAUACAUGUUUUGGGUCGUAUCUUUAAUAUUGUUGAUUCUAUGGUAUCGUCCUUUGUUAGGCACUGCUUACAACGAGCCAAUUAAAAUUAAAAUAGGAGAUUAAUUUCUCCCAAUACAAGUCAGUGCGUAACAGAGGGCUAGUGAUUAUAUAUAAUAAGAUGGACUCAUUUUGCGGUAUUGCUGGUAGUGGGAUCACUUUGUUCAAAAUGGCAGGACGACCAAGAAACAAUAAUUCAAAUUGUUGAUCCAAUGGAAAUUUUAAAUGAUGCAGCAUUUUAUUUAUAUGUGCACUUUGUGAGGCAACAAAUAAUGUUACUACAACUAUGGAAUUUCUUGCAGGGCGCUCCCCUUUGAAGAACAAAAUGGAAUGUAAUAAGUGGCACCCAUGAACUGGGGCUUAAGUGAUUAUUUCAAAAAUCAUAUCAAACUUUAGUAUUUAUUUUUCAUUUGGUCAGUUAAACUAAAUAAAAUAAUUCUAUGUUUAUUUCUUUAUUUAUAGGUAAUCUUUGUUGCUACAUUAGGAGGUGAGGAUCAAAAUGGAAAUGUUAGUGCCUGGGAUGCACGUACUGGAAAUCUCUUGCAAACAUUUCGAAAUGGCUCAGCUGCCCCUAACUCUUUGUGUAUACUUGGUGGAGAAAAUUUUUUGGCAGCAUCACUGACUAAACCUGUUAUUCAUGUCUGGAAUAUGCUUAGACAGGUUAAAAAAUUAUCACUGAACUCACUUUUAAUGGACUUACAAUCAAUUAAUAUUAUUUACGUAAUCAAUUGACUCAUUUGAAUUUAUUUUUAAAAAUUAUAACGUAUACCUAAUAGUCUGAUCUUUUGCAGAGUCAAAAGCACAGAAAGUUAAUAUGUGGUGGCAAAGUGUCAUGUUUGGCUGUUACACCAGAUGGAACAUUCUUAGCAGCAGGGAUUGAGGACAAGAUUCACAUAUGGCAGGUUUGUAUACCUCUAUUUAGAUUCAUAUAUGGCAGUUUUUUAUGCCUCUAUUUAGAUUCACAUAUGGCGGGUUGGUAUGCCUUUAUUUAGAUUCACAUAGGGCAGGUUUGUAUGCCUCUAUUUAGAUUCACAUAGGGCAGAUUUGUUUGCCUUUAUUUAGAUUCACAUAGGGCAGGUUUGUAUGCCUCUAUUUCCACAGAUCUUUCAGGUUUCACAUUAGCAUUAUAAUCUGGAAUGGGGAGACCGCAGAAUAACCUUAAUAAGUGUUGCCUUUUACUUGUUUUUUUUUCUGCUAACAAUACUCUUCUCUGUAAAGUAAGGCAAAUUUUUGUUCAAAAUUUUAAACACUAGAGAAGCUGUUACGAACUGCAUUGGCAGUUCAAUACCUUCGUUGUAUAGGGAUUAUUUAAUUAUUUAACAAACCAAUGAUUCAUAUGACAAAUGUCUCUUUAUUGAAUAAACGGCAUGGCUUCUUUCAUCGGGUUAUCUCUCUGCAACUCCAUUACUACUACUGAACCAAAUACAACAGCGUUUUUUCCCAUACCCAAAAACGUCACAAGAUACAAAGCAGGUAGCAUCAGCUAUACAAAUACUCUCACAACCAAACACACAUCCACAAAAAAAGAACAAAUCAUUAACAGAACCAUAGGCAUAUCAAAAUGAAAAUUUACAAUUUUUAAAAUGAAGCAGUGUUAGUGCAAUAAUUUUCUCUUUAUUUAGGAUUAUUUAAUAUCAAAUUAAAUUAACACAUGUAUUAACAUUUUAUCACUUUUUACUAUGUAAAAUUUCCAUUGGCUUUUUGACAUGUUUCAUUAUCUGCCAAGUUUCAAAUGAUGUCAUUGUCUUGAUUCUGUGUGAUAAAUGAUGUUUGAAAGUUUUGAUUAUGCUCCAGAUGUGUCUAAGUGAUAUUAGCCAGGAUAUGUUGGCAAAUAUUGUGAUUAAAGUUGGGUGUUUAUAAUUUUAAGGCAAGUCCCAAUAAAUCACAAUGAUAUAACUUUAAAUUUAAAGUUAUAAAUAAAUGUUCUCAAAGUAAACUAUAAACUGUGUGUCUUUCUUAUUGGCAUUUAUUCCAUUAAUCCCUGGUAUUUCUUCUAUAAGGUCAGCACGGGAGAGCUUUAUAGUGUAUUAUCAUACAGCAGUGUAGAAGUGAAGCGCCUAAAAUUUACACCAACUGGGGAAUAUCUUGUAGCUGGUUACAGAGAUGGAGCAGUAACAGUUUGGGAACUCCAAGAGUAAGUGCAAAAUAAGGAAAUUAGUUUUCUCAAGUGAAAUUAAAGCUGACAUAUUUUUUUUGAGCAGGUAAAUAUGUUAUAGAUAGCAAAAGAAAUUUUUACAUAUUGUUCAUAAAAAGUUGAUUGCCAAUUAGAAAAAAAACGACACUGAAAUAGUUUAUUGUUAUUAAAAUUGAUUUUAUUAACUGCUUUAAUUUUUUUCUUACCAAUUUCAGUGUCUUAUACCAUGACCCAAUGCAAGUCAAAGAGCACAGUCCUGUAAAUACUUUCAUUGGACAUGCAGGGGAGAUAACAGAUUUUCACAUAAGUUUGACUCACAGAGUUGUUUCAUCAGCAAUGGAUUUUACUGUCAGGGUAAACCUUGUUUUAUCAUAAAAGUCUAAUAAAAGGUUGAAAGUCUUGAUUUCUUCUUUAUAAGUAACAAAAGUCAACACCUUGACUUAUAAGCAUUGAUGGUAGCAUGCCAUAUUGUACAUAUUUUAAUUUGGAAUGAUGGUGUGUUUUUAUAUUUAUUUAGGACAUUAGAUUUUUUUUUUUAAUAGCUGCUUGGGAUGGUAAGGUGUUUACCCUCUGUUUUCGUUAUGUCCUUUUUUUAGUUAUGGAACCUGUUGUCUAAAGAACAGUUGAAAAUGUUUGAACUGGGUGCCCCUGUAAUGUCAGUCACCAUGGAUCACUCAGAGCUGGCCCUGUACGCCGGAGACAUCAAUGGCAAUGUGUAUGCCAUUGACCUACAUUAUCAAGUAGGUCAUUUUAUCAUUUAAGAUGUUUUGCCUAAUAAUUUAUUUGAAAAUGACUAUUUAUUUCUUUUAUAAGAUAUUAAACUUUAUUAAGUUUGAGCUUUGAGUAAAUAAAUUUAAAAAUAAACAAUUUUUGGUUAACGCCUGACUGAGGAACAUUUGUAAAUGAUUUUAUGCUCUUAAUAUUUGUCAACUCAAAAUAAUACAUAAUUAACUUAUUAUAAUUUUUUUUUUUUUUUGGUGUUGUGGGGGGGGGACGACCUCAGAUUAAAUCAAAGGAAUGCCAAUUAUAUUUUUAUCAUGCCACUGCUUAUUAUUUAAAGCUUAGCCUUAAUCUGUAUUUUUAAUGUUGCUAUUACUAUCUUAUAUAUCUUUCUUUUUUUUUAACCAAGCGAGCAGAGCGAUCAGUACAUAUUGACACAAGAGAAGUAAAUGCUGGAUUCACAUUUUAUGCAGCGCAUGCGUAAGUUUUGUGGAUAUAGUGUGUGUAAUUGACAGCAUUUUAAUCCAUUAAACUUCAUUUUGCUGUUGAAGUACUUUUAGACUACAAAUAGACAACAUUUUACACAUUUGUGUCUAUAGCCUCAGGCCUUCCAACUCCCAGUGCAUGAUUCCCUCACUGAGUCGCCCUGGCAACCAGUCAAACAUCCUCAUCAACACCAGGCACAGAAACAUUGCAAAUCCCCUCUACAUGCAUAGGAGCCAAAAUGAUCAAUAAAUUGAUCGUGGGCCCUCAAUAAAUAGAAGAAGAACCGAGGCUAUUGUCAUGCAUGGCUGGUUCUGUGGGCUGUGAGAAAGUACUGUGAGUUGCCAAGACGAGCUUGGUGACUGGUUCUAUGGGCUGUGAGAAAGUACUGUGUGUUGCCAAGACGAGCUUGGUGACUGGUUCUAUGGGCUGUGAGAAAGUACUGUGUGUUGCCAAGACGAGCUUGGUGAAACUGCUUGAGAACUUGGAAUUUGUAUUCUGUACAUAUUAUGUUUUAAAUUUAUUGUUUUGAAUAGAAACAUAACACUCUGCGAACAACAAAAUAAUGGUAUAAGUAAUUCCAGUCUGAUGUAAUACAUACACACGGGGGGUGUGGGGGGGGGGGUAAUUGUCCAUUUUGGAGAUAUGUGGGGGGGGGGUGUGUGUCUUAGUAGAAAUAUAAAGUAAAUUAUUUAUUCACAAAUUCUGCAAAAAAUUUUCCAGACGUUCUCACAGUCCAUAAAUAGCAUAUUUAUAUCUAUUAACGCUGUAAAAAUAACACUCAAUAUUUUGUAGGAAUUAUAGUCAUAAAAUAGCCUUGUGUUUUCACAAGUGAAUAGGCUACAUAUCGCUCUAGUAGUAUGCCUGGUCAGAACUUGUAAUAUUUAGUCCCGCAAAUAUCUGACUUCCCUGCGCCGUUGCCAAAUUUAGGUUUUGCACCAGGCGCCUUGUGUUAAAUUCUAACUAGCACACGCAUAAUUAGAUAAUACAUUUAAAAAAUAAUUUAGUGGAGGUUUGAGUUAAAAUAAUUAAAACAAAUAUGUACACCACCAAGCGUCAUCUAGCAACUGCAAACAAUUAUUGAUUGGUACUCUAGCUAGUGACUGUUGACGCGUGUAAUAAUUUCCAGUGUGCUUUUGAGGAAUUCGCGGCAACCCUGGGCAGGGCCGUGCUGAGGAAAAGUGGCAUUCGGGGCAAACCCUGUUUAUGGCGUCCCUAAAAAUAUAGUAAAAAGUGCCACCUGGGCAGACCAGUAAAAAUACCAUUUUUGGCACCUUUGUGAAGUACGCAAAUUUUUAUAAUUUCAUUCACAAUUAAGGUUCUAUCUUAAGACCAAUUAGGCAUCCGGAUGUUGGCGGUUACCCCCUUACCCCUAUUAUGGUCCUGCUCAAGGAUAAUGCAGCACCUCCGGGUGACCGGGGUCCAUACAUAGAGAACCAGCAGUGAAAACCUGUAACAAACUUUUUUACUGUGAUGUCAUAAUUAUCUUCUUUUUUUGCUGGGUGGAGUUGAAGUAUAUGUGCAAUGGCGGGGGUGGGUUACAAAAUUUGAUUUAAACAUUUUUUGUGCAUGGCUUCUUUUUGGAUGGCCCCCAUGACGGAAAUGAUUUCAUGUUUGUAUUUCAGAGCUCCUGUGAGGUGUAUGUGUCUCACUCGAGACCAAUCGAAGCUUGUUACUGGCUCAGAUGACAAGACCGUCAAAGUUUGGGGCAUGAUGUCAGCAGUGACUCCACUCACCAUUACAUUAAAUGGUAUUCCUAUAUUCCUAUAUGCUUUGACAGUUAGCAUGUUGAAAAAACUGAUGCUACGUAUAGCUUAAAGCUGUUAAUAAAUGCAUAGCUGACAUACUUUUUAAAUGUAAGGACUACAGAGAAUGAUUCAAAGUAAUUCAAUUCAUUGUCAUGUUGACAAGAGGCCUUUAUAGAAAAUAAUAUAGAUUCAACCUUUGAUAGAAAGAGUCGGCAAUCUGAUGGUGUUACCCAAUCCUAAUGCACUGGUUUAUCUUGAUCAUAAACCUAAAAUAUAUUGUCUUUGUUUCAACCUUUGAUAGAAAGAGAUAUUAGGAAAUUCGACUGCUGGUUUUGUAGGGUCAGCACCACCAGCAGACCAGGUGCUCCUUCGUUGAUAUUGCCCCCCACUUGGCCAGUCAAUCGAGUUGAUGGGGGCGGAGGAUGUCUCAGCUGCUCGAAUGCACUGAUUUAACCUGAUCUUAAAUCUAAAAUAUGUUGUCUUUGUUUCAACCUUUGAUAGAAAGAGUCAGCAAUCUGAUGGUGUUACCAACUCCCAAUGCACUGGUCUAUCCUGAUCAUAAGCCUAGAAUGUUGGUUGGAAACCUCAAACGACACCUGCAUGGUACUGAUGGGGAAGACAAUAUGGAGGAUAUCUUUAUUGAAAUAAGAGUUAAAGAGAAGGUAAUUUGUUUAUUAUGAUCGUUGUGAAUGAAUUGAGCCCAGUCAGAAGGAUCGUUACAUAUAUUGAUUAUUUUAGGAACAUUUUAGCAAGUGUUCACCAAUCCAGAGUCGACAUCAUUAUUGGGAGUGAGAUAACCAGAAUAGAUAAUUCGUGACUGCAGCUUGGAAAAAAAUAAUUUACUUCUAUGGAUAAGAUAAAAUGGACUUAUGUCUCAACAAUACUUGACUAUUGCUCAUUUCUUUAGUAAGCAGAAAUAUAAUCUCAUGCCGCUCUCACUUUAGACAAUGAGCCAUAUUUUUAUAUACGGCAAAUAUUAUGUUUUUUAGAUUUUUGCAAUCUUUCCAUAAUCUGAAGUGCUGAGUAGCCUUUUCAAAGGCAGAAGAAUAGUAUCUGUACCAUAUCUUAACACAGGACUUGUUCCAGUGUUGAUAAAAGGGCUAGAUCCUGGACAUAUUGUCCUACAUUACAUAGUAAUAGUAUACAUGUUUGAGCACUUGGCUGUAUGAAAAGCUCUCAAAGACAUGAGAGUUAUAUCCUCAGAUGGUGUUCAUCGCAACAUGCAGCACAACAAAAUUAGUGGGCAUUAAGUUAAGACUUUUGUUUUAUUUCCAAUGAGGAAUUAAACUGUAGAUAGAUCAAGUUUCAAACAAAAAAAAAUUUUUUUUUUCUCUAGCUGCCUCCUUUGUCUGCUUUGGACGACAUUGACAGUUGUACAUCCAGUGAGGGCACAGAGGUUUGUUUUUUUAUAAAUUGUAGUUAUAUUGGAUCAAGUGGCGGGCUGUCAUAUUACCCAGCUGGUUAAUCAUGGAUCCUCUCUGAAAUAUCCAUCAAAUUGGGGUGGAUCAUUUAGUAUUAGCUUUUAACCAGUUGGUUUGUGGGAUUAAAAAUGUCUUUUAUGGACGGUUAUGUCUUUUAUUGACGGUUAUGUCUUUUAUUGACGGUUAUGUCUUUUAUUGACAAUUAUGUCUUUUAUUGACAGUUAUUUCUUAAACAAAACUGGAAUAACUUAAAUCUCGACCUGAUUAAAGCUAUUUCCAAUAUUGGAACAAAGGUUUAACUGACAGUUUUCCUUUUGUCUUCAGAUGCCCCAUAAUCCAGUCCUUAGCACUAAAGAACUGGAAAGUCUGAGGCAGAAGGCAAACAAACUGAAGAGAGCCAAUGAGGAAAUAUAUCUGUUUGCAUUAAAAGAGAUUCUGAAAUAAAUCUUGGAUCACAACACA